AUGCAUAAUAACAAUAGACUGAUACCAAGUAAAAUGUAUUGGACACCUCAAUUGGUUCGUGAUCCCGCUGUACUUCACCAAUUACAUGAGAUAAAAAAUGAUGAACCGUAUAAGAUCCAAUCCAUAAAAGGUACUCUUUAUGAUGAAAAACACUUGUUAUUAAAUCCCAAGGUAUCUAACGACACAAAAAAUAGCAGAGAUGGUGAUGUUGCAUCAGAGAUAAAUUAUCCUAAACACAGAAUAAAAUAUAAAACUCAAAAGAGUCAAAUAAAAGAUGAACCAACAAUACGUUUAGAUACUGAAAAUGCAAUUAUAAACGUCGAAAGAAAUGAUAAUGUAGAAAUACAUAGACAAUUAAUAGAAUUUGAUUCCAUGAACAUACAAACCCCUAACAAGUCUCUGAAUCUGAUAAAUUCAUUUAAUGAAAAUAACGAGGAUGAAACAUAUAACGAUGUUUUAAAUUACGUUGAUGAUACAGACGGUGAUGAUAUCGAUUAUACCAAUAUAGCCCUUGAUGGACAUAGCGAUGAGGAUUUCAACCAAACCCAAAAUACACGACGACUGAUAGCCGAUACUCACAACCUGCUACCAGUUAUAUACGAUACGGAAAAUAUCCCACAUACUUAUCGUGCCUUAGAAAAUAUUGAAGAAGAAAAUACAUAUAAACCUGAUGAUAACAUAUUAAAGAAAAAUGAAAAAUUCGAUUCGGAAGCAUCCUCGAAAGAAUUAGAAAAAAAAUGUGCUGAAAUUGAAGAAAAUGAAAAGUCAGAGAGGACUUCGGAUCAAGAGGAAAAAAGUGAUUCUUUUUAUAAAAAUUUAAAAAAGAAUUCACCAACUGAGGGAAGUGGUGUUUCUAAAAUGGAGAAGUCACGUUUCACGCUCUUAGGACACCCACGGGUAUGUUUCGCCUGCAACAGCAUUAAAGAUGAAACUUGUUGGUCUCCAAAUAGAAAAACUCCAGUUAAAUAUUGUCGCCGCGAACAUAAUUCCUGCAUGACAAAAGUUUUCACCCAUAAAGAAAUAAUGGGUGUUCCUGCUGGUAAUGCGGAAAACGGCAAAAAGAUCUUUGUUCAAAGAUGUGCUCAAUGUCACACCGUUGAGGCUGGCGGCAAGCACAAAGUAGGACCUAACCUACACGGUUUCUAUGGUCGCAAAACUGGUCAAGCUGCCGGAUUUAACUAUUCAGAAGCCAACAAAGCUAAAGGUAUCACUUGGGGCGAUGACACACUCUUCGAGUACUUGGAGAACCCUAAGAAAUACAUCCCCGGAACCAAGAUGGUGUUCGCUGGCCUCAAGAAAGCGAAUGAACGUGCAGAUCUAAUUGCCUACCUUAAAGAAGCUACUAAGUAA